GUCAAUCGAAUACUGCCUGUUAGCCUAUGUGCAGGAAAUAAAGUUGACAAAAGGAUAAAUCACAAAUGAUUUCUGAGAUACGUUUGAUAAAUAGUGAUUGAUAGAACAAGCUAAGUUUGUUGUUAAAACUUCCACCCAAGGCUGUGCGUGGACACAUCUUAACGAAAGGAAAUACAUUGUGAAAGUACGCGGUCUAUUGCUGUGACAAAGUUUACAAGGUGCAGUUUGACAGCUGGCUACUUUUUCAACAAUUCAUGCCUGGGUCUGAAAAGGCCAUGGCUGUGAUACCAGGGACUAGAGCAAGGGGGCGCUGAAAAGCACUCAUCUUAAUGGGCUACUGACACCAAAUGGCGGCUGGAUCAGAAAUUCUCGAGACCUCGGCCCAUAGAGCAAGUCAUCAGGACGAGUAAUGACACAAGAAGAUGCCAUAGUGCUUUUGCAUCCAAACCGUCUACUUGGAAGAAUUUGUGUAACAUUAAACCUCCACUUGUCAGCUCAAAAUGACAUACCUCAUGGAACACAGUACUUAGAUAGAGCCAGAUGUCGCUGAUCACUAGUGAAGGCAGAGAUUCUGCUCCUUCUAGUCUCAUUGGAGAGGACAGACAACAGGACUGGAUUGGCAAGGCCAUUGCUUAUCAGGACCACUGAGGAACUGCCCUGAUCUCUGUCACACAAAACAAGGUAGAGUUACAACCUCGACCAAGUCCUGAUUCUGUAUACUCCCUAUCACUCUGGACAAAACCGUUCAAAGGUCUCUCCACCUACACUACUGCACUCCCCGCAGCAUCCUGCAAGACAUCCGUUCCCUCUCCCUCUCUAUCAGCCUCCCUGGAUAGAGGGUGCCCCUCGGCUGCUUUUAUGAGCCAGUUGUUGGUGGGACAGAAGAUCAUGUCUGAGAACCUUCGGCUCCCCUCCUUCCAGGUGCAGGCCCCCGGCGACUGGGAGACCCAGGAUGGCGACCCAGGAUUGGAAGCCUCCGCCUCAGGAGACAAAGUUGAGGUACCCACCGGAGAUGGUGACCCUUCCGCCCUCUCCGGUUCCGCCACUCCGUCCCUCCGCCGCAAGCGCUUCAAGAUGCGACGCAUGAAGAACGUGCAGAGCGAGAGCAGUGUGACCCCGGCUGUGUCUGUGGCGGCUGCCACAAGGUCAGAGGUCAUGAGUAAGGGCCAUGGGUCACGCUCCUUCUCAGGGGCCAUGGAGUACCUUCAGCUGCCGUCCAUCGAGAUAACGCCAAUCAGUGACGAGGACGCGGCAGCCACCUGGUCCAACUGCUCCACACCCAGCGCUUCGCCGCGACGCAAGCGCUUCCUGCUACGCCGUUGGCUGAACGUGCGAGAGAGGAAGGAGCACAGCAGUGAGAGCAGCAGGGAGAGCAGCCUACAAAGCAGCCAUGAGGAGGACUCUGCUCACUUCUUGACCCCUCAUAGCCGGGAGGAGAGGUCCGACAGUGGGACAGGCAAGGUGAGCACUGCCAGCAAUUCGAACCGGAGCACGCCUGCUUGCUCGCCCAUCCUGCGCCAUCGCUCUCGCUCGCCCACACCCCAGCAGAGCUUGGAGCACAGUGGUGAGAACAUGGUGGAGAAGGGCCACUUGGACCCCGCCUCUGACAAGGACAAGUCCCCCUCCACCCCAGAGCAGGUGGUGCAGCGCACCUACAGCCAGACGGUACACUCCGCCACACGCAGCAGUGGAGGCAAGAACUCCAAGAAAAGCCAGAGCUGGUACAAUGUAUUGAGUCCUACGUAUAAGCAACGCAAUGAGGACUUCAGAAAACUCUUCAAGCAGCUACCCGACUCAGAACGCCUCAUCGUGGACUACUCCUGUGCCCUGCAAAGAGAUAUCCUGCUGCAGGGGCGCCUCUACGUCUCAGAAAACUGGAUUUGUUUCUAUAGCAACAUCUUCCGCUGGGAAACACUGCUGACAGUCCGGCUGAAGGAUAUCUGCAGCAUGACAAAGGAGAAGACUGCCCGCCUCAUUCCCAACGCCAUCCAGCUGUGCACUGACAAUGACAAGCACUUUUUCACCUCGUUCGGCGCAAGGGAUCGCACAUACAUGAUGAUGUUCAGACUAUGGCAGAAUGCUCUGCUAGAAAAGCCUUUGUGUCCCAAAGAGUUAUGGCACUUUGUCCAUCAGUGUUAUGGCAAUGAGCUGGGUCUGACCAGCGACGACGAGGACUACGUGCCUCCAGACGAUGACUUCAACACCAUGGGGUAUUGCGAGGAGCUGCCGGUGGAGGAGAACGACGCCAAUGACGCCACCACCCUCGCCAAGACGCCAGACGUCAAAGGCGACACCAGCCCCCUGUUGUCCCGCAGAGUCUUCCCCGACAACGUCCUGCCCUGCCCGGGCAUCAUCGACCCUCUCCUUCCCUUUGAUUUGGCCACCGUGGACGAUUUCCCCCUGUGUCUCCCUGAUGGCGAACUCCUGACCCUCCAGUUGCCGGGUUUGGACACCCGGAGCAGUGGUCACAGCAGUCCCGCCCCCUCGCCCUCGCUGGACUUUAACGACAAUGAGGACCUCCCUACUGAGCUUAGCGACUCUUCUGAGACGCACGACGAAGCAGGGGAGGUGCAGGCCUUUCAUGAAGACCUGAAUGGGAAGCAGUACAUGAACGAGGUGUACGAGUUCAGCGUUGACAAGAUGUACGACAUCCUCUUCACCGAGUCCACCUUUAUGAGGGACUUCCUAGAGCAGAGGCGCUUUUCAGACAUCGUCUAUCACCCCUGGAAGAAAGAGAAAGACGAGGCAGGCAACCAGACCAGAGAGAUCAUGUACACAGUCUCCCUCACCAACCCCUUGGCGCCCAAGACCGCCACCGUCACCGAGACUCAGACGCUGUACAAGGCCAGCCAGGAGAGCGAGUGCUACAUCAUAGAUGCCGAGGUGAUAGCACACGACGUCCCCUACCAUGACUACUUCUACACCCUAAACCGCUACGUGCUCACCAGGGUGGCCAGGAAGAAGUGUCGGCUAAGGGUAUCCACAGAGUUGCGCUACAAGAAGCAGCCGUGGGGGCUGGUCAAGGGCUUUAUCGAGAGGAACUUCUGGAGCGGCCUGGACGAGUACUUCAGACACUUAGAGCUGGAGCUGAGUAAAGUGGAGGUGGUCCUGGUUGAGCCCCACAGACAGUCCCCCAAGGCCAGGGCUCUACGGGCAGGGGCAUUGAGGCGGCGGAAACGGCCCUUGAUCCACCUGCGCCCCCCCCACAUGGACGAGGCCCUCAGCCCCGUCACCACCCCAGAGGACGAGGAGGUCGCCCACCACCAUCGCAUCAAACAAGUGGCAGGUUCCACUCAGACCAGACACAUCCCGGACCAUGUCCCAGGGGGCCUAGCGCUCUACAGCGUCUCCAAGCUACUCCUCAUCAUCAGCUUUGUUCUAGUAUUGCUGGUGUUUCUGAACAUGAUGCUGUUCUAUAAGCUGUGGAUGCUGGAGUACACCACACAGAGUCUCACCUCAUGGCAUGGCAUACGACCACAAGAAAGUAAACUGCCCCAGACCCAGAUGGAGUGGGCCCAGCUCCUGGAGUCGCAGCAGCGUUACCAUGACGACGAGCUGCAGAAGUGGAAGGAGAUCAUCAAGUCGUCUGUGAUGUUGCUGGAUGAGAUGAAGGACUCGUUACUAAACCUGCAGAAGGGCAUGGGUUUAAAGGACUUUAACUCUGAAUCGGAUGAGAAAGGGAGUCGAUAUCACUGAGAAAUAAUCCCAAGGCCACCAGCCGGGACAUUAUGUGCAAUAUCUAACCAACCAUUCAUUGGAACUCUUGGGCAAAGAACAGAAGGAUGUUCUAUUGCAAGGUGGACAGGGCCACUCUCCCACUGCCUAACUUCUGGCAUGAAGUGACCUCAUCACCAUCAGGGCCGGAGUGGGACGGCAGCCAUCGUUGCAUCAUGUGAAAAGACAGCAGUGAUGGUCCUUGUCAUCCAGAAUCCUUGGGACGUCCCUACCCCAUUGAAGUUUAAAUUUGAAAUCGUUUAAGGUAAGGGUUAAGGUUAGGUAAAGGUUAUAGUGAAAGUUAGCGUUAGGGGUUAAUGUUAGGGAUUAGGGUAGGAACGUCCCAAGGAUCCCAGAUAGCACUAACUGUGCCGUGACCCACCUUGGCCUGAACUCUGAACUUUUUAUCACCUUGUUUUCCGAGAAUGUCGUACUGUAAAGUUUUUUGUUUUGGGGGCCACGUGCGGACUGGGAUGACGUGGGGGACCGGUGAAAGCAUGCAGUUUCUUGUCUCCGUCUGAAGAAAACAAAUUGCUUUCCUGGUGGAGAUGUGUAUUGAAACCUCUGCGUACUCUGUCUCAGACUGGGUAAGGGGUUAGUACAUAGCCUUUUAGGAACUCUUGGACAAAGUUGUGGAGCUGCAGUAUCCUUUUUUUUUUACAUAACUUUGGACUCUGGGAACAGGUUACGACCAUACCGGAAAGAUAAUCAGCAUGCAGUGUUUCAACACAAUCCAUCAUUUCUAGGAUAGAACCACAAAGAAUCAAAGUAUAUUAUAAAUGAAAAUAUAAUUCCGUAUUUAUUUUUUGUGGAAGUCAAUUGCAGUCAGGGCACACUUUUACCAGGCUUCCGUGGUGUAUCAGGGCAGGUUUCCCUGAGAGCUUGUGCCAUGGCUUAGUUAUUCUCUGUUUAAGUGUUCGUAGUUUUCUAAGGCAUGUUCUCUACUGUGUGUAGAGUAGCCCAACCACUUUUGAUUUGUGGACAGGGGAGCUAGCUAUAGCUGUUAGCAGCAGUGAGAAUAUAUUGGUUGUUACCAUAUAUGGAUGAGAAAGCAGUCUGCUUUUGCAGAGGUACACAGUAUGUUUUGAUGAUGCAACCCUCUUCCAUAAACAGGACAUUCUUUGCCCUAGCCAACCCCAAACGCUAUCUUAACGUUGUGCUUAGGUUUUAUCCAAACAUGUCUCCAACCUUGUCCUUCAGGAUGAUUUGUUUUAGGGUACGGAUAUACCUAUUCAUUGUUGCCAAGAUUUGUGUGUCAACUUUUAUGCUAACGUAUGUUUUUUCAAUUUGGGCAGUAUUCUUGUCAUCUUUUAUUUGGCCACUUUGUGUUGUAUCAAUUCAUCUGUGGCCAUCCUGUCCUUGGCUUGAAUAGAAUGUACUCAGAGUGUACUGUAUAGGCCUUGGUAUGUUCCCGAAGUGAUUUUACACAUGCAAUGGAGCUUGAAUUUGUCCCUACCUGCGCUACAUAGAUCAUUCAUGUUUUCCCCCCAGUAUUUGUUACCAGCCUAAAUACUGUCAGACAGAGAGAAUAAUGACCAGUGUUAUGAUAAUGUGGAUGUUAUACUCUGUCACUCUAUGAACUUUAAAGUGUCCCGCUUUUAACCAGUGAGGGAGUAGACAGUAUUUUAGGGAGGGUCUUUUUUCCGUAGAGACAUUUACAAAGGGAUACUGCAGCCGAACUGAAGUACGGCAAUUACAACGAUGUAUUUGAUGAUUAAAACUGUGAAAUUCCUCAUUGAAAAAUAUGCUUGAAGCUGGAAAAAAAGAAUAAUGCAUAUUGUACAGUUCAGAUAUUUAUUGAUUUAUUUAUGUACAGUGUUUACGAAAAAUGUAAAACAAACGUUUGGGGAAAUGAUCAGUGUUCACCCUCUGCAGACCUGUAUUCAAAUACCAUUUGAAAUUAUUUAAAAUAUUUCAGCUUUGCUUGAUUGAGCUUGUCUGGCUUUGUGGACCAAUAGAAAAGUCCUAAAACUGCAAACCCCAACAACUUGGUAUUCUAGGCUGGCUAAUGCAAACACUCAAAGUAUUUUAAAAAUGUCUAAAUGUAUUUGAACUCGGGUCUAACCUUCUGUCGUCCCAAAAAUGUCUGCCAUGGGCUAUAUUCUGGCAUAUUGGAUGUGUCAAGUUGACGCUAUCAACCAUUACCACUUUGUGUCUGUCGAUUUUGUCUAAUUAUUUCUACUGUGGCCGAAGCUAUCUGUUUAGUAUCUCCCGCAUCUGUCUAUGGAAGCAUAUAGCUAUCAAAGUACAUUUUAUUUUCAGAUUGAAUUUUGACUGCUAUAUACUUCCAUAUUUGCCAGCCACACAUGUAUUUAUCAUUGACUCUCUAGGAUUCUUAUGAUGACUUUGGAAACAAACAAAGCCUUGUUCAAAAGUUGAUUCAGCCACUAACUGGUGUGUUUGAGGGAUUGGUUCACGGUGUGCAGAAAUAACAUUUACAUUUACAUUUUACAUUUAAGUCAUUUAGCAGACGCUCUUAUCCAGAGCGACUUACAAAUUGGUGAAUUCACCUUCUGACAUCCAGUGGAACAGCCACUUUACAAUAGUGCAUCUAAAUCAUUUAAGGGGGGGGGGGGGGUGAGAAGGAUUACUUUAUCCUAGUAUUUUAGGGAGCCAAAAGAGCCAAAAGAAUGUCAGAAUUGAAAAAUGAUAUGCAUUGGGAUACAAUGCUUUAGCCAUGGGUUGUAUUCAGUAGGAAGCAAACGAGCCAAAACAGAUCCAUACCUGAAUUUGUCAAAUAAGAUACUCAUUUUUGUUUUCAGUUGCACAACAUUUUGCUGUGGUGUGCACUAAUGAAUAUGACCCUGGACUCAUUAGCAUUGCACAGAGAGGGGAUGGGUUCAACUCACGUACAUUCCAAAAAGAGGAGGGUUUCAUCUGAAAGAAGAACAAAAAACAAUAUGGAUUGAUACAGUCGGUAGCAUUUCAUACAAAUGUUUGAUUGCGAGUCAUUUACGUUAUUGCAGAAUGAUUUUCCCCGACUCCCUUGCACUAUGACAUGGUUUAAUGUUACUAAAAUGGCCAUUUGACCUUGUUAAUGUCAAAUUGCCCAAUUUUAACAAUGACAACGUGACAAUUCAGGGCAGAUUUAUUUGUAAGAGAAAGGGCCCAUGAUAAGAUUACAAUGACCUGUACUGUACUUUACAUUUUUUGCCUGUAUCUCACCAUGGCAAUCAUUUCUGUUGACGUUGUGGCACUUAGAAGAGGAGUAGAAAGCGGUCAACCAAUGUGGGACGAUGUGCAACUAAAAAGAGUAUUUGGGAGGAAUAGUAAGGUAUUCUGAGGUAAUAGUAAUCUCUUCCAAAUGACUUGGUGACCCUUAAAGAUAAAACUAUUAAUCUUAUGCAAUACAUGUAUUUAAUGAAUUCACUAACAUUGACAGCAAGAUGCCUUCGUUUAGGGUUUCUGAAAAACUUGAGACCCUUGUGGACCCUUCGAUAGUGAAUGCAUGCUAGCUUCCUGUCCCAUUUGUUCUCAUUCACAAUCUGAUGUGUUCUAUGCAUGGGUGCUUUAUAUUGCAGGAAUGCCUCAAAUAGCCCAGAAAAAAAUGUACUCUGUUCAAACUACAUGAAUCUAAUAUAUUGGAAGUUGAAAGCUUGAAUGGUCAGCAAGCAUGUUUGAGUGUCUGAGAAAACAAACAAAAUAUAUUGCAGCCAACGAGUAGUGUUCUUCAAAAACCUGAAACUGAAAGAGCUUUACUCAUUUGAAUGCUCACAAAGCCACAGACCUGUUUAUGUUUGCCGAAUUGCAGAACAUUCUAAAUAAAUUCUUAACAAUUUGCAGAAUAUAGAGAAUGUGUUAUACUGAGUAUGAGACAUAAAUAGCUCAUUGAAAGGAUGUAUUUUAGAGCUUGUGGUUGUAGUUCUUCCACUGCUCUGUGUUCGCUACACACUUCAGUCUGAGACUUCCAUCGUUGAAGUCGUUUGUGGUUAUGUCAAAAUGAGGGGUGUUGUACCAAACAGUCAUCAGCGAUCGGAUCAUGUCAAACCAAUCAGAUUAUUUUCAAAACGCUGCUUUACCUGUGUGUGUUCUGGCUCUGGCCCAACUUGUCCGUUUCUGGGACCAAUUCAGAACAGUUAGCAUUCUAGAAAUCGUCGGGGAGCCGAUCCAGACUCAUUGUGGGGAAGAAACUAUUGUCCGUGGGCGUGGCAUAACGUUGGGCUGGAGCAAGGAGUUUGGGUAGCCAGGUAAAGAAGCCUGACCAAUUCUUUCAAACCCUUCACUUCAUUACACACACACCUCAGACAGGUGCAAUUUCUUCCAAUUUUGUUCCAUCUCAAACACUGUGGUAUUAUAUCCUCUGUAUCAAUACCAGAUGUUUUUUUUAAAGCCUUCUGAACUCCGAUAUAUGACUGAAAUAUUCUGCUGAGGGGAGGACGACUCAUAAUAAUUGCUGGAACUGGAAUGACAUCAAACACAUGGAAACCAUGUAUGAUACCAUUCCAGCCAUUCCCGUGAGCCUGUCCUCCCUAAGGUGCCACCAACCUCCUGUGGUAUACAGAUAAUAUAUUGUAUUUCUAUGUUGUGUAUCGUUUGUGUACACAGACUAGUGAAACCCUUCUGCGCUGGUCGUGGUUUUGGGAAAAACUUUGAAAGAAAAAGAUUCUAAAGGCUUUAUUGGUUUGUGGAGGAGAGAUGGAGGGAAUGAAAUAAAGUCAUUCAAAUAGG